AACGGAUAUUUCCACUGGUCAAUAUUUUGUUAUAUUACAAAUGUUUAGGCAAAUAUUCUUGAUUUUUCAUAGACGAUGUUUUAACUAUAUCAGUGAAAUUGGAAUAAUUUGUUUGCUUCAACCUAUGGGCAUUAUAUGUUCUUCUGGUGUCAUCAGAUCUUGUAUGCCCUGUAUGUUGUUAAAAGUCCUUACUGCAUGAUAACUUUAUCAAUUUGGUGUGCAGUUUUAUCCCUUUCUAUUGAAUGCUACACACUUAGCUUCCCGUUUCAAGUAUUCAUUUCCGUUUUUGAGAGGCAGCCUCCUUGGCUCCUCCCCUUCCCUACAGCUGGAGAGCAAGAGGAAAUAUUAAUCUUCUUCUGUUGACACUUCCCUUUCUGUUAUAUGUAUCUUUCUCAUGUAAACUAUAUCUAUCAAUGGUUUCUGACAGUUAGCAAACUUUUUGAGCAUCACUGUUUAAUGGUGAUUGUUUUUUUUUAUUAAUGGUCAUUGUUUGUAGUCCACACAUAUUACUAUUUCCUUGAGAAUUAUAUCCCAUCUCUCUCUCAAAUUCCACCCUUUCCCCUCUUCAUUCAGACCCCCUUAUCCUUAAGAAGCGGGAAAAGAGAAAAGAAGAAAAAGUCAAUGCAGAUGGUGUGACUUGGUUUUGAAUUAAUGGAAUAUUUUGGAGAUAACAAUUUUUGGUUUCUUAUUUUAUGUCAACAUCCAGAAAUGAAUAUUCUGCAAGCACAAUUUUGUGUAAAGUCUUAUAGUAGUACUUCCCCUUCAUUUUUCUUUUAGGUUUGCAUUUAAAAGGUCUGCAAAAGAAGCAAGGGAAGUGGGACGUGGCAAGGACGGGGCACUAGAUGAGCAACAGCUGAUUAGUCUUGUACGUAUUUAUAAGCUGUCCGUUAGAGGGCUGAAUAAAAUAGGAAAGAGUUACCCAGUGGUGCAGCGGCUGGAAGAAGUUUAGUACAGGGUUAAUAGAAAAUCCUUAUUCUAAAUUACCUUGUCUUUCUUCUCUUCUUAAACCAAUUCCUAAGCGGAAGUGUUUUGUCUUACAUAUGCUUGUAUUGCCUUGCAAGUUUCCUUGAGGGCCUUCUGCCUAUUUGUGCUUUAAAUUUCUUGUUUCUGGUGUUUAGCUACAAAAUAAGCAAAUAUGAUGUUCUAGCUUUGCCAUUUUACACAUAGAAGAUGGCGUUUCGUUCUGAGGAAGCACAAACGGAGGAUUACCUUUUCAAGAUUGUUUUGAUUGGUGAUUCAGCUGUUGGGAAAUCAAAUUUGCUUGCUAGAUUUGCUCGUGAUGAAUUCUAUCCCAACUCAAAAUCAACAAUAGGAGUAGAGUUCCAGACCCAAAAGCUGGACAUAAAUGGGAAGGAGGUCAAAGCGCAGAUAUGGGACACAGCAGGCCAAGAACGGUUUAGGGCAGUAACUUCUGCAUAUUACAGAGGUGCAGUUGGAGCUCUUCUGGUUUAUGAUAUUAGUAGACGGCUAACUUUUGAAAAUAUUGGUCGAUGGCUUAAUGAACUUCAGACGCAUUCUGACAUGAACGUGGUCACGAUACUCGUUGGAAAUAAAUCCGAUCUCAAAGAUGCGAGGGAGGUGACAACAGCUGAAGGCAAAUCCUUAGCAGAGGCACAAGGUCUAUUCUUUAUAGAAACAUCAGCUUUGGAUUCUUCAAAUGUAGCUGUAGCUUUUCAAACAGUUGUUAAAGAGAUCUAUAAUAUCUUGAGCCGGAAAGUCAUGCAAUCGCAAGAACUUCAAAAAAAGGAUUCCGGGCGUCUGGCAAAUGGUAAAACUGUGGUUUUGCAGGCAGACGAAAACCAAGAAACAGAGACACAAGCGAAAAAAGGUUGGUGCUGUUCAUCAUAAUGCUUGUUAACAACAUCUUCUGGCCCUGUUGUAAUUCAUUAUCUGUUGUUGCUUUUGAAAUAUUAUGGGGGGAAAACAAACAAGUUAGAUUGAUUUCUGUGCUAUGGGAAAACAAACUUCCAUUAGAAAAAAAAAAAUGUAAAUUUUUCCAAGUGGAGAAGAACCUUUUUUUGAGCUGUCAGCUUUUUGUAUAAUGCACUGCUACAGCUUCUUCUCUUUUAUCUGUGCUUUCAAAUUUUAUGCUUAUUCUCUAA